AUGGCGUUUUCUCUCCCUGUUACAGCUGCCCAGGUGGGGACAUACUUCGUGGGGCAGUACUAUCAGAUGCUACAAACCCAACCAGAUUAUGUGCAUCAGUUUUACAGUGAUGCAAGCACCAUGCUUCGAGUAGAUAGGAAUGCGAGAGAAACUGCAACUUCAAUUGGGGGAGUCCUGGUGAUGGUUUCGGGUUCUUUAUGUGCAAAGAAUUUCAAUGGAAGGAAAAAGUUCACAGAAACAUUUUUCCUUGCUCCUCAAGAGAAAGGUUACUUUGUUCUAAAUGAUGUUUUCCUUUAUGUUGACGAAGAACAAAUUCUUCCGCACAAGAUUGUUUAUUUACCUCAGAGCAACAUUGAUACCAAGCGCAAUUCUUCAGCUAUAGCUAGAGAACAAGCAAACAACUACAUGCUAGAUGGAGAUGUUCAAUUGCAGGAGUUUAUACUCCCGUCGAAAGUUCAAGAGAAUUGUUCGGUCAAUAAUUAUGACUAUCAUGAGGAACAUCUCAAACAGGUGCCCGAAACAGAAAUCAUCACAAAUGAUGAUUUUGAGGUUCACUCAAACGGCACUCUUCAGGGAACUCUCAACCAGGAUCCUGAACCUCUGUCGGCCCCAAUAGAGGAGGAACCCAUUGUGGAGACUCAGAAACACACAUAUGCUUCUAUAGUUGCUAAAGGACAAAAUGUGCCUAACAAGACUGCAAAUAUGGAAAGCCCUCACGUGCAUGAAAACCCUAGCCAACUGCCAGUUAUGCCACAAAGCCCGGUUGAGAAUUUACAAAUGGAGACUCUGGAAGAAACUUCAAUUGUUGAAGAUGAAGUUGAGGUGAAGUCGGUUUAUGUGAGAAAUGUCCCGACAAAGAUGUCUGCUUCUGAGAUUGCAGAGGAGUUCAAGAAAUUCGGUAGACUCAAUCCUAAUGGUGUAGCCAUUAGAACUCGGAAGGAUAUAGAUAUGUGCUACGCAUUUGUGGAAUUUGAAGACAUUACGGUGUUGGAGAAUGCGAUUAAGGCAUCCUCGGUUUAUAUUGGUGCACACCAGCUCUACAUUGAAGAAAGGAGCCCAACAGAUUCAUUUCUCAUCGAGGGUCAAGAGGCAGAGGUGGUAGAGGAAGGUUGGGGUACAACAUGGAAGGUACAAGAGGUCGUUUUGGAGGGCGUGGAUUUGGAAGGGGACACAGUUACAUUCAUAUACUUAAACUAA